AUGACCGGGCUUUCGGAGAAGCUCCGGAAACAGGGGUCCGGUAUGAUGGAAAGGUACGCGGAGGAGUACCGGAGGGCGCCGGUCAAUGACCUGGCUGCUGCUAUCGCGAUGAGUGUCGAGGCCGUGCUUAAGUGCACUGGAAUUUCCAAGGGCCUAAAAGGCAGCAUCGCGAAGCAAAUUAGGGAGGAGACCUGCAGGGCAGCGGCGUGUGCUACGCUGCUGUCGCUGCAGGCUCAAAAGCCGCCGGAGGAGAGGGAGGCCGAUGAGAUGGCCGCUCUCCGGAGAGAGUUGGAGGCCGCUCGGAAAGAGAGCGGCCAGCUCAGGGAGGAGAACCGGGCCCUCCGGGAUAGGGCGGCCGAACUGCCGUCCUUGGAGCGGCGACAGGCGGCCGCUAGGGGACCCGGGGGCUCGGGUGCGGGCACCUCUGGUCCUGCGCCGGCGGGGGCUGCUGCGCCGGGCCCGCCGGCCGUUGGGCCGGCGGGCGCGGGCGGGGCGGCCUCCGGCGCGGGCCCCGCCCCGGUUCCUCCGGGGGGCGGCGGGGCGACUCGCUCGUAUGCGAGCGUCGCCUCCGCCGCCCCCUCGGGGGCCCGGGGUGGUGCUGCCCGGCGGGGUAAGGAUAAAGGUAAGGGUAAGGGCGGUGCUGCCGGGGAUGGGCGGGGGGCUCCGGUGCCCUCCGCCCCCCCGGCGGCAGCCGCCGACGUGACGGUGCGACGCGCGUCGGGUGGCAAGGCGAGGAGGACGCCGGCCACCCGGGCGGUCGCCGUCACGUGCGAGGAUGGGGCCUAUGCGGAGACCCUGAGGGAGGCCAGGUCAAAGAUAGACCUGGCGUCUCUCGGGGUCUCCGAGGUCAGGCCCAGAAGGGCGCAGACAGGGGCUCUGCUCCUGGAAGUCCCCAAUAGGGACGGCCAGGACGGAGCCGACCGCCUGGCGGAGAAACUCCGCCAGGUGUUGGAAGGAAAGAAGGGUGUUAGGGUCACCCAGCCGGUCAAAAUGGCCGAACUUAGGCUGGGUGGCCUGGAGGAAUCGGUCACGCCCGACGAAAUCAGUCGGGCGUUGGCCGACAAAGGGGGGUGUCCUGUCGGGGACAUUAAGUUGGGGGAGCCCAGGAGAGCCCCGGGCGGCCUCUUCACCGUCUGGGCGCGAUGCCCCUUGGCGGCGGCGAACCGGAUCGCCGCCGUCGAUGGGGGGCGCCUAGUGGUGGGGGGCUGGUUCCGGGUGCGGGCGGAGCUCCUGGGCGUGCGCCCUCUGCAGUGCUUUAGAUGCCUGCAGAGGGGGCACGUCAGGAGCGUAUGCGGUAGCAAGGAGGACAGGAGUGACACUUGCUACCGCUGCGGGGGAGCGGGGCACCGGGCGGCCGGGUGUACGGCGCCCGUAAAAUGCCCCGUGUGCGCGAGGGCGGGCCGCCCGUGCGGUCACCGAGUGGGCGGUCCGCAGUGCGGCGCCCCGGUGGUCCGGGGCGGCCUGCCUCCGGCGCGGGAGGCGCGCUCGGGCGCUGCCGCGCCGGGGAACGCGGGGAGCGGCGGGCCCCCUUCCGGGGGCUCUAGCCCGGUACUGGGCGGGGCCGCUGCCGCUGUUGCUGCGGCGGCGACCGAGGGGCCUAUGGAGGUGGACCCCUUGCCGGAGGGGGGCGGGGGGCCGCCCUUGCCGCAGAGGGAAUCGCGGGACGACCCUAAGGGCGCGGAGGACGCCUCGUUGAGUGUCCACAAUGCGCCUUAG